AAUGCAAAAUAAGUCAAUUUGUACUUAAUGGUUUUGUUUUUUUAAACAUCAAAAUAAUUAAAAAUUCUAGUUAGAAAUAAACUGUUUAUAGCAAGGUUACUAAAAUUUGUAGCUCGUUAUGAGUUGAUAAAUUAAAUUGUGUUGACAAAAUCUUUAUACAUAACUUUUGCAUAUAGAAUUACGUUUCUUGCUACUUAUAUUACUGUGCAUAUUUUUAUAUCCCUAAUCUUGACUGAACGAAAAGAAUAAUACUACAUGAUUGAUCCACUUAUUUUCAUUAUUUAAAAACAAAACUUGUUUUAAUUUUAUUGAUUUUAUGAGAUAUCAAGUUAAAGAUAUAUAUGCAAGAUGUUAAACUAAGUUGAGAAGUUUAGUGAAUUCUUUGAAUAAUAAAUUCAUCGAACUUUUUUGAUCUUAUUUCAGAUUUUUCUCAAGAGUGUGGAUAUGUCAACAUUCCAAAAAGAAUAAAACAAAUUUAGAAGCUAAAAAGUAUGUUGGGUGUAAAAGAAAUGCUGCAUGCAAUGCAAAACUUCAUAUCAUAGUAAAAAAUGUCACAAAAAAUAUCGUAAAAAAGGAUAUUUUCCUUCGUCAAAAACCUGCUUUAAGAGGAGAAAUAAAGAUUGGCAUUUGUCAUUCCCACAGUACAACAUCUGCUGAAGCUUUAAGAAUGUUAAGGGUUAAUGAUGAGGUUAAGGAUUUGUUUCAUGAAUAUUUUUCAAGUGGUAUGACUGUAGCUGAAGCUCUGAAAUUUCAUGAAAAUCGAUACUUGGUAGAAGAGGAUUUUAAAAGCCUGGCAAAUGCAGCAAUAAACCCUACCUGUGAGCAAAUUAGAUAUUUGCAUGACUGCUGGAGAUAUGAUCAUCUAGGUUCUGUAGUAAAUCCUUUUGAAAAACUUAAAGAAAAAAUCCCUUUCUACGAAGCUAAUGGUGAAUAUGUUUAUAAUGAGCUUUUUUUAAUGUCUUUUUUAAAAUAUUUUAUUCCUUAAUACUUCAAUCUUUUUUGUGCUUAUAAAUUUAGAUUUUGUUUUUAAACUUUU